AUGAUAUCACUCUCAUCGAUUCUCGCAUCCGUAUCCGCUCUCCUUGCCCUAUUUUCAUCAUUCUAUGUCUUCCACCGGCUAUUAGUUUCUCCGGCGCUUCUCCACUUUACGUUAUUCGUCGGUGCCAUCUUGACGUUUGCUCUCUCUGCCGUUUCGGUCUUGUGCUCUAUUUCAGACAUUUGCCUUACCCCUUGGAUCAUUUACUCUUAUAUAAUUAUAUCUGCGCUCUUAACUAUUCUCUCUUGUUAUGUUAUACUACAUGUUGGAACUAAUUUUUAUAGAUCAUAUGAUAUAGUUAGAAACACAUUAUUAUUUACCCCGAUUAUAGGAACGUUUGUUGUACUGGGAUUAGCUGUGUACAACGUAGUAGGGAUGGUGUUGGAUGACAGCACAGUGCCGAAUGAAACAUUGAGAACGGCCGAGAUUUACGUAGAACUUGCAACAGGAUUGGUGAGUUUGAUAUAUGCUGCGGUGCCGCUAAAAAGAAUGAAGAAAGAGAAAGAGCUGAAACCCGAACGAACGGCCAUUUUCAUCAUCAGGUUACUCGAAGUGGUAGUAUUUUUCAUUGCCCAUUUCGUGGUAACAAUGUAUAGCACAUAUGCUCGACCGUUCAUGGACGCCGAAUUCGAUGCCAUCGACUAUAUCCUGCUUGUUUUUGUAUUUCUGGUUCCAUUGGUUCCUACACCAAGGAAAAUAAUUAAAAGGAUAAAGAAGAGAUUUCUGGGGGUCGAAGAACUAACCAUUGGUGGAGACUUUAGACCGAGCAUGAUGGGUAGGCAGGAUGCAGAAGGAACACUAGGAACGCGAGAAAUAGUAGAGAUGGAUAUACAAGGACCAUUUAUUGUCAAGUGGGAUAAUCUUAAAGUGGAACGAGAAGAGAACAAUGAGGAAGUGAGAGAAAGUUAUGGAGCGUAUGAUAGAUUGUUAAGGCCUUAUUUUAAUUGA